AUGUCUGGUGGAGAUCUUGAUAGGAAAGAAGUCGGAGAAGAAAACGAAGAUUAUUUGGUUGAAGAUGAUUCAGAUAUUCCAACCGAGCACGUUAACAAAUUACUUUUAAAUAGGUCUGAUGUAUUAGCAGCUUUACAAGCCCAAAGUCUGGCAGCUCUUCCUCCUUCUGUUAAAAAAAGAAUAAAGGCCUUGAAAAAAAUUCAAUUGGAAUCGACUAAAAUUGAGUCUAAAUUUUAUGAAGAAAUCCAUGCUCUAGAAUGCAAAUAUCAUAAAUUGUGGUUACCACAAUAUGAAAAAAGAGCUCAAAUAGUUAGCGGAAGUUAUGAGCCUGUAGAAGAAGAAUGCGAUUGGGAAUCUGAUAAAGAGGAAGAUGAUUUAUCUAACGAACUUGAGAAAAAAGCCAAAAUUAAAGAAGAAACUGAAAAUGAAAAUGCUGUGAACGAUGAUGUAAAAGGAAUACCAGAAUUUUGGUUGACAAUAUUCAGAAAUGUAUCUUUACUACAAGAAAUGGUCGAAGAUUAUGAUAUUCCUAUUUUAAAACAUUUGGAAGAUGUUAAAGUAGUUUUGAAUGAAAAACCAAUGGGAUUCAUUCUUAAAUUUUACUUUUCUCCAAAUGAAUACUUUCAAAACUCUGUUUUGACAAAAGAAUACGAAAUGAAUUGUGCUUUAGACGAAGCUGAUCCAUUUAGUUUCGAGGGUCCAGAAAUAGUUAAAUGCAAGGGGUGUCCAAUAGAUUGGGCCAAAGGGAAAAAUGUUACUUUAAAAACUUUAAAAAAGAAACAAAAGCACAAAGGAAGAGGAGAAGUACGAGUAGUCACAAAAACCGUUCGUAGAGAUUCGUUUUUUAAUUUUUUCUCUCCGCCAACUUUUUCAAAGGAUCCGGAUGCGGAAAUUGACGAAGAAACUCAAAGUUUGCUAACUGCAGACUUUGAAAUCGGUCAUUAUUUUAAAGAAAAAAUUAUUCCUAGAGCGGUUUUAUAUUUCACAGGAGAAGCCUUGGAAGAUGAGGAGGAUGAACUAGAAGAAGAGGAGGGAGAUGAAGAUGAUGAAGAAGAUGAUGAUGAAGAUGACUCCGAUGGUGUUGCAGGAGAUAAAGUGGAUUACUCUGAUUGCAAAAAUCAGUAA